AUGCACGGACCUGAUCAACCCGCGAAUGAGAAAAUGCUAGACGAAAAUGAAGAUGAGUCAAUGGAUGAAAUAAAUCCCUUGGUGGAGACACUUGAUGAAUCAUCUAACAAUGCAUUCAUGAAUCUUAACCUUGGAGACAAUCAUGACUUGGCCACUGAAGAGUCUGAGUUGCCAUCUCGCAAAAGGCGGUCUUCGGUGGCGAGUAGACGUUCGAGAAAGCGCAAAAAGGGUAGAAUGCGUCCAAAGAAGGAAGAGGAGAAGAAAUUUGUUGAGGAGGAUCAUCAUGAUAAUAAUGAACCCUCCAAGGAAGAAGAGAGAAUGUUGUUGGUUGAGGAUCUCAACAUUCCUACCCAUAUUGUGAUUGACUCUAAAGAAGUUCAAAGAGAAGAUCCUCCAAUUUGGUUCCAACUAGUUGCUUCAAAUGUCAAGUAA